UUUUCCUUAUCAAUACCAUCUCAUUUCCUUCUUUCUUGGCCAUUUGAUUGAACGAACCUUAUUGUUAGCAGACAGCACAGCCCAAAGUGAGAACAGCAAUCAUCACGAUUCACGAACGACUGACGACUCCUCAGCUCAGCUCUCAGGGGCCCGAUAUUCCCUUCCAGAAGUGACCAAUUAAAGUGGAUUGAAGGUCCCCUUCCCUUGUUUCCUCGCUUCUUGGUCUUCUUGAUAAUUAACCCAACACUCCGGAUCCGAACACUCAUUUCGUCCAGUCCGAAGUAAUCGUAUCUCUUGAGUCUCUUCUGUUCUUUUUUGGAAUACAUUGCUGAAACAGAAUAUUAGAUACCUAGCCAAAACAUUUCACAGUGAGGAACAAGCAAUUUCAUAACUUUUGAAAAAUAACAUCCAACUUGGCGAUCGAGCGCUUGGUCCUUUUCCUUUAGCCCUAGUCACUGCCUCUCCUCUCAUCUUAAUAAAUGGCACUUUUCUGAUAUCAGCUAAACAUGGUCUUUUAUGUCAAUUCAUCGACCUGUUCAUCUUCUACUUUUGUUAGUAUGGACUUUGAAUGACAAUUAUAACGUUGCUCGAAUACAUGACAUUUUAGUAUCUUUGAACGCUCUUUGAUUCAAUCUGUUCAUCGGCCAACUUCCUUCCAAGCCACAAUUUCUUGGUAUCAGAAGCCACAUGAAUACCUGACAGGAUCAAUCUGUAUGAAGAGCAGUGUGAUACUCAAAUCUAAGUUAUCUUUCGCACAAUUCACAUACUUAUGUUGAGGAUGUCUACAACCCCAAUCUCCUCUGGGACUUCCACUCCCCACAGUCAUCACCACAGAGGUCAUCGACUCCGCAAUUUCAUGCUUCCCGAUGGCCGAAAAGUGCACAUAGCGCCUUCCCCAGAAGAAGCCGAUCUCCUUCGUCGACGUCUCAGCACCAUAGAAAAAGAUCAACCUUUUGAUCUCGUAAUCAACGGAUCUCCUGAACAUCUCGACGCGCUUCGAGCAGCCCAUAGUCAUCAUGAAUCUAAGCGACAGGCACUAAAAGAUAAACAUGGUGACGCUUAUGAUGAAUUCGAAAAUGUGAAAUCAGAUCUAGAAGUCUUGGGCUCAGAGCUUCAUAUGUUGACAGACCAUUCCGUGGCGUUGGAUGCGAAUUUUUCGAAAUAUGGGUAUAGUGCACAUUUAAGAACUUAUGAUGAUGGGUCGGAACAUACCAGUCGGGCGAGCUCAAUGUAUCACGGGCCUGAUGAUCAUGAGCCGAAAGAUUGGGCAGCGGAAAAGAGAAAGGGGAGAAUUAUGAAACUAUAUAAAAAGCCCACUGUCAGGCAAUAUUUUCACCGUGGUUUAUUAUGGAGAGCAUCAGGAACUACUGAAGUAGCAUCUUUUGAACUCUUUGUGGACCUUUUAUAUGUUGGUAUUCUCGCUAUAAAUGGAGAUCAUGCCUCUGAAAGUCCUACUGGAUACGAGCUCCUAAGAUUUGUCAUAACCUUUAUCAUGAGUUGGAAGAUCUGGAGUGAUCUAGCACUCGUCAUCUCUUGGUUCGAAACCGAUGAUAUAGCUCAAAGAAUCUCAAUAUUGUUUGUUAUGGCUUGUUUACUUGGUCUCACCACAAAUAUGUUGGAAGCCUUCGAAAAUUCAUACACAAUGCUAGUAGCAUUCUAUUUGACCGCUCGUCUUUUCAUGGGUUCAUAUUAUUUAUUUCUCGCAUGGCUUAUACCCAUGGUUCGAGGCAUGCUAAUAGCCCAAGCCAUCAUUAUUCUGAUCCCUAGUAUCCUUUGGAUAGGAAGCAUCUACGUCGAUUUACCCCAACGAUUCGCCGUUAUUGCUAUUGCUAUAUUCAUAGAUUUAAGCGGUACGGUAGGUGUAGUAUUCCUCGUUCGAGGUUCUAAAUUCGUCUCAACUAGACUUGCCGAGUGGACUGAUCGAGUGUUUGAAUUUUAUCCUGCUACAAACAUCGAACACAAAACUGAACGAACAAACGCGUUUGUGACAUUGGUCUUUGGCUAUUCAGUUGUCGCUAUCAUCUAUCAAAACGCAGCGUCGUUUGGGCUGAAUGCAUUCUUUGGAAAAGCUGUUCUGGGCCUCAUUCAAGCAUUUGUUUUCAAUUGGAUAUAUUUCGAUUUAGACGGUACGGAUCUAUUUGCACAUGCUAUUCGACGAGAUGCUAGGGCUUCUCUCAUCUGGAGUUUUGCACAUUUACCCUUCAUUAUGAGUUAUGUUCUAGGUGGUGCCGCACUUUCUAGACUCGUUGUUGCGAGAGAUUGUGAUGAUACUUCUCUUGAGAGUCUCACGGAGCCAUACCAGGAGAAAUCUGAAUCUGAAGUUUCUCAUGGGUUGCGGUGGUUUUAUUGUGCUGGUUUCGGUAUUGCACUUUUUUGUAUGGGCAUUAUAUCAGCCUGCCACAUCCAUAAAAAAGACCACCAUGGCAUUCGACUUGCCAAACGCUACCGCCUACUCAACCGUCUCAUCGUCUGCAUAAUCCUCGUAUGUCUUCCUCUUUCGUCCCUAAACUCCCUCACACUCAUCUCCACUGUCACUGGAUUGGUAGUUUGGGUACUUGUGUUGGAGCUUUGGGGCCAGAGUUGUCCGGAUGAAACAUUUUUUGGCGGUGGAAAGAAGUGCGGAUAUACGGCAAAGUGCAAGAUAUCGAGGAAGGAUUUAGAGGAGAAAGGAAGGACGGGAGAGGUGCUAAAACUCAAGGAGUUGGGUGGUGGGGAGGGAGGCGUUUAUGAGGGAAGUUGA